UUUCCUGGAGGGUGAGAUGAAGGAGAAGGAGGACGUCUCGAGCUCUCACGUUUUAACUGCAGAUGACUUACAGCACCGUUUCGUUGGGCGGGAAGAGGCGAUCAAGGCAGCAUCGAGUUGCUUCGCACGGAUCAUCACCGUUGCAAAGAGGGACGUCCCUGGCAACCUCCGACCUAUAAUUCCCGUUUGUGCUGGCAUCUCUGGACUCGGGAAGACGCGCAUGUUGGAAGAAGGUGGCAUGAUAUUACGAGACGUGAUGGAGUUGGGUGCCGAGCGCGUUGCCAGCGUGAUUGUUCCUUACGAUGACAUGUACAGCCCGCAAGAAGUCGAGCAAUCGAUGCCGAUUGCUGCAUCUUUCUCGUGGAGAAUGUUAUAUCGAUUCUUCCUGGCCGAGAACUGCUCGGUCUCGUUCAAAGAGUGGUUUAAGUCGCGCUUGCCGGUCAAUGGCCACCACCUGACGUUUGCGACUGCAGUCCAAGCUAUCGAGUGCAAGCUUCGCAAGAGGCAGCCGGAUACGACAGUGCCAUUGUACCUCUUUCUUGGAAUUGACGAUUACCAAUGUAUAAAAUACGUUGGUGCUCACCAGGAAAAUCCGGAUGUGUCACUCAUACAUGAGCUCGUGGGAGUUAUA